GUGUCAUGGAGACCACUGGAAGCUCAGGGAGCUGCUGGCACCCAGAAAGCAGCAGAAGAAAGAAGAGGCCAGUGGUCUUGGACUAGCUGAGCCAGUAGGUGAGCAGGGGCCAGACCAGAGAGCCAGGAGCCAAGCCUACCUAAUGCAGCAAAACUCACAUGCAUGGUUCCUGGGUGGAGACUGGAAAAGGGGCAGCAGCAGGAGGUUCAAAGCUCCAUGAUAUGUCUCCUUCCUUCUACAGGGAUGUUUAUCACUGUGAUGUUUGGAGCGGGUUGCCGGGAGCUGGUGAACCCCUGGUGCAACCUGCUGAACUUCACGGUGCAUCUGAAACAGAAAGCUCGGGUUCCCCCAGGAGGAACCAUUGCCCUCCUGGCUGAAGAUGGGCACUUGGUGAAGUUAGAAGAGGAGACCACUCAGGCCCCAUCCAUGGCCUGUUCCCUGAUACAGGAACAAGUGACCUAUGUCCUGGUACAGGUCAUUAAAGGGAAAGAUGGGACCCCUACUCACUAUGAGUCACUCCUGGACAACCUGGAUGACCAGUAUCCAGAGUUAGCAGAGGAGCUGUGCUGCCUCUCUGGCUUUCCAACCACAAGCAAUAGUCAGAGAAGACGCACGGGCAUUCGACGUGGCCACCGGGAACAAGGUCCCCCACCUUCAAGGUCUCGAAGGGUGACCUCCCUAUCAUCUAGAAACCGCUAACUGGAGCCAGAGCCAGGUACAGAAAAGGUAGGGGAAAACUGAGUGGCAAGACUGGAAAUCUGAAGCCUGCUUGGACUAUAGAGUAAGUUCAAGGACAGCAUGAGCAACUUAGUUGGUCCUAUCUCUAAAUACAUACAUACAUUAAUAAAUAGAUAGACAGACAGACAGACAGACAGAUAGCCUGAGCAACUUAGUUGGUCCUAUCUCUAAAUACAUGCAUACAUUAAUAAAUAGAUAGAUAGAUAGAUAGAUAGAUAGAUAGAUAGAUAGAUAGAUAGAUAGAUAGAUAAAUAAAGAUUUUGCCAGGCGGUGGUGGUACAUGCCUUUAAUCCCAGCACUUGGGAGACAGAGGCAGACGAAUUUCUGAGUUCGAGGCCAGCCUGGUCUACAAAGUGAGUUCCAGGACAGCAGGGCUACACAGAGAAACCCUGUCUCGAAAAACCAAAAAAAAAAAAAGAAAGAAAGAAAGAAAGAAAGAAAGAAAGAAAGAAAGAAAGAAAGAAAGAAAGAAAGAAAGAGAAAAAGAAAAAGGUAGGGGAACCCAGGAAAAUCCAAAAGGGAUCUUUACUGACUUUCACACAGAGACACACCCAGGACUGUAACCAGAGAUAAAACCCCACAGUAUUGCUGGACUAUCAGCAUCCUAAAGGCACACAUACUCUGCGUUUAGGAAGCUGGCCCACGUUUCUCCAGCCUAGCACACAGUAGGUGUUCAAUGCAUGUUGUUGACUGAACUCAGUGAACGUAGCGACUGUACGAUGAAGCAAUCUGAGCUGUGUCUUUUUUUUUUUUUUUUCUGAGCUGUGGUCUUAAGGGCCUGCUUCCAUUCCAGCAGGUUCUAUGAGCCGGUACACCACAGCCAAGCUGGACUUGAAUCCAAGGGGACUGGCCCUGACCUCUGCUUUAUGAUCAACUGCAAACAGACAGCAAUCCAGCAGGACUCCUCUUCCAGGAUCUGGCGGUUACUAAGAAGUUACAUCAGCAAGAAGGGAAAGGUCACAGACAGGAUGUGAGAGUUGCCCCCCCCCCACUCCCCGAGCGCUUGAGAUCCCCACCCCACCCCAUUUGAGUGCAGAAAAAAGAACUCAAGGACAAAAUAAGAAGAGAAAAGACACAGAUGUUCCUGUGGGCAGAGACAAUAGGCUCCUCUUGAGGUUUUAGGUCCCAGGGGACCACUUGCAAAUACCUCUCCAGUCUCCCUGCUUAGGAGUGUCCUUGACUAUCCACAAUGCAGACAGAUAGGAGUUCCUCCCAUCCCAGAGGUUCAAGGACAGCUCAGGGUUCUAUAACAAGAUCCCCAACUCCCACAUCCUCUCUCCCACCUCCGCAAAGAUGAGGCAUAGCACAUUAACAAGAUAGCUGUUCCCCUAUCUCCCCUGAUCCUGCCCCCCCCCCCCCCCCCCCGCCAGCCAACAGGGCAGUAAAUGGGCACACAGCAGGCUGUGGUCUAAAGUAAACUUUUUAAUUGAA